AUGCAAUUCUCGGAUAGUAAAAACGAAGGUCGCCAACCUGUCGGAGUAGGCAUUUUAGAGGCAGGCCAUCGAGCUGGCCUAGCGGGCGAUGGCGCGAAUAACGAAUUUGAUUAUGAAUAUGUGCUGGCGCGAAUUGGUUUCGGAAAAGCACAAUGGUUACUACUUCUCAUAUCUGGCUUGUUGACGCUCUGCUCCAUGGCCACACAAACAUCGGUGGGUAUUAUGGCAAUAGCAUCGCAAUGCGAAUUUGGCAUGAGUCAAGCUGAAAAGGGUAUAAUGAUGGCAGCAUGUGUAACAGGAAUUUUUCUCUCAACAUACUUUUGGGGUUACGCUAGCGAUGCUUUCGGGCGACGUUCGGUACUAUUUUACGGUACACUCGCUACAAAUCUCUUACAAUUGAUUUCGAUGUUUAUUACAAAUAUUUGGGCAUUUAACGUAGUGAACCUAUUAAUGGGCGUAAGUUUAGGAGGCGUCUCAGCAGCAAUUUACGCAUACCUUAGCGAGUUCAAUACUGAUAAACAUCGCGCAGUCGUGAUAAAUUAUUCAACAAUGUUCGUUAGCAUCGCUGCAAUCUAUAUGCCAGCCAUCUGUUGGCUUAUCCUUUCUGCUGACUGGUCACUUCAUUUCAGUGAUAGUUUUAUUUUCCGGCCAUGGCGUUUGAUCAUCUUAUCCAAUCUGUUACCAGGUCUAAUUGCAGCACUCUUUUUGUAUCCUUUUCCGGAGAGCCCCAAACUGCUAUUGGCACAGGAUAGAGAAUACGAAGCAAUCGCUGCCUUGGAAUGGAUCUGCAAGUUCAAUCGUGGUCGUUCUCUAGCGAGUGUUUUCGGAAGUGAUGCAGAUUUCAAAUUAAAACCCGAACAAAUCGCUGAUGAUGAUUUGCGAAGUGGUAGUGGUGGUAUUUGUGGAAUAUUGGUGAAUAUUUGGAGAGCAACAGUGCCACUAUUUCAAAAACCACAUUGCGUGAAUUUCAUAUUGAGUAUUUUCGCAGUUUUUGGCAUGUUUCUCACAUCGGCAGGUAUGCAAAUUUGGUAUCCGGAAAUUGUGAACCGAUCUUCAGGCGAUAAUGCGGGUAAUAGCUCAUCGGUGUGUGAUAUUUUGGAAGCUUCAUUCGAAAAGCAGCGUUUCAAUGUUACAACCGUUGAUGCUGAAAUCUGUGAUGAUAGCAUCUCGACCAAGACAUACAUUGAUAACAUGAUUGUGGGUUGUGCAUUUUUAGUGGGCUUCAUUAUACAGGGUGCCCUACUAAAUCCUUUAGGUCGUAAAAACGUUUUAUUAGCCGCAUUAGCCAUUGGUACUGUAAGUGGUAUACUUCUGCAUUUUGUGGUGAAUGCGCAAGUUGUACUGGUACUCUUCUGCUUAUACAUACUCAUGCCAGGACUAUCUAUAUCAAUAAUGUGCGGCGCAAUGGUGGAUUUGGUACCAACACAUUUAAGAGGCAAAGCUGUUAGCAUUGGCCUAGCUAUGGGUCGUCUGGGCGUGAUAGUCGCUUCGAAUAUGAUCGGCGUUAUGCUGGAGCCAUAUUGUCAUACCACUUUCGUUAUACUCACCGCGUCAAUUUUGAUCUGCGCUUUUUUGGUGCACUUCUUGCCAAUAUAGAAUAUGCAAGGCUGUGUUCCAUGUACAGUUCAAAAUCGAUUUAGUGCCUGUGUUUUUUGCCUGUGAAUAAGUGGUAUUAAAAUGCUUAUAAUAUUUGCUGUUGUUACUGUUGUUGUGCACAGAGUUGCGUUUAUUUUUCCGAAAAACAAAAUUUUAUUUCUAACAUUUACAUGUAUUAUAGGUUAAAAGCUAUAUACGUUUGUAUUAUAUAUGCUAUUACUAAAACAACUGUAUUUUGUUGUAAAUAUGUACACAUACAUAAGUA